AUGGCGUUUGUUUGGCAUGCAUUUCAUUCACUGGGUUUUGGGGGCGGGGAAAACAAAGCUGACAAAAUGAAUAAGAAGUUAUACGUCGGUAACAUUCCAUUUGACUGCAAUUCAGAGCAGAUGCGAGGGCUCUUUGAGCAGUUUGGAAAAGUCACAGAAUGUGAUGUCCUCGGCAAAUAUGGUUUUGUGCAUAUGGCAACAGACUCGGAAGCCCAGACUGCAGUGAGCAAUCUGGACUCUUACAACUUCAUGGGGUCUGCACUGAAUGUUAAAUUCUCCACAGGAAACAGCAAUAAAUUUGGUGGUGGUGGUAAGGAAUAUAAUUUACGUGGCAACUUACCAGCAGACUGCACUGAGGAACGAUUACUUGAAGAAUUUGAGAAGUAUGGGGACGUAGCAGAGUGUGAUGUCAUCAGAAACUAUGGAUUUAUUCACAUGAAGACAGAAGAUGGUGCCACAAAAGCCGUCAAACACCUUCAUAAUAUGGACUUCUUCGGAAACAAUAUCACAGUUAAAUUCUCCACGAGUGGAGUACACAAGGCACCUGGUGUUGGAAGUCAAGGAGAAUGCUUCAAGUGUGGCAAUAGAGGUCAUCUAUCUAGAGACUGCACUGAAUGGGGGUAA